ACAGGUUGUCAGCAAGGUUUUGGGCGGUUUGCAAACCUCCAAGUGACCCUGGGCUCCACUAUAAAGGGACCAGGAGCUUGUCUCUUUGAAACGAGGUGGCCCUGGCUGCACCCGCUGAGCUUUGAGCUUUUUGAGUGAACUGAGAGCCUGGGAGAUAAGCAGGCACUUGCAUGAAGCUGCGGGGCACCACAUGCACGGGAUGUGGCUGGAGAGGAUGCGCUCAGUAUACACCACAGGGACACGGCACGCUUUGGAUGCCACCAGGGAUGGGAUUUCUCCGGCUGCCACCGGGCUGUUUGCUACUCGAGCGCUUUCUGCACAAAGCCCUGGGGCUGGCACUGCUCUGAGUUCCCCUUUUUCACCCACCUCCCGUCCAUCCCAGGAGGCUUUCCGCAGCACUAGCCUGGCCCAGCCACUAGCGACCCGCCAAAUCCUUGCAACCACGUUGAAAAUAAUAAUAAUAAAAAAACAAAUUACAAGCAAGGUGCGCUUCCAAUUCCCACCCCGGGGGCCGCGGGAAUGGGAAGGGACAGGCGCAGCUCCUUGCCCCAGCCGGCCUCCUGGGGGUGCUCGCACUUCUCCUCUCUCCGGCGCAAUGAAAUUUCCUGCGGGCGCGACUCCGGCGGGCGCGGCGGUGCUGCGCGGUGCUGAGAUGGAGCUGGUGACACCGUCGCUGCUGCUGCUGGCCGUGCUCGCCCUGCUGGCUUCCCACGGAGGGACGCUGGCGCUGCUGGUGACGGCGCCCUACGUGCGCUGCGUCUGCCCAGAGGGGCAGAACGUCACCCUGAGCUGCCGGGUGAGCGGGCCCCUGGCCGACCGCCACGACCUGCUCUACAAAACCUGGUACUUCAGCAGCGCUGGUGACCAGAGCUGCAGCGAGAAGCAGCACAUCCGCAACCUGACCGAGAGGGAGCUGCACCACGAGCCCAGCCGGCACCACGGCACGGCGCCCAAUGGCACCGGGAGGUCCCCCCAUGGGUGGCAGGGCAGCCACCGCGGCGUGGAGUUUGUCCCCAACCACCACGGGGCUUUCCACAUCGUGGUGAUGAACCUGACGCUGCAGGACAGUGGGAAUUACUGCUGCUACGUCAUGGAGGUGCGGCGGGAGCAUGGCAAGCCCCAGACCCUGCAGGCGGCUCAUGGCUUCGUGGAGCUGCAGAUCCAGAGAGGCAGAGGAGAGCUUCAAAACUGCACAUUUUACACCGCCAACAGCAAAGAUAUCACGGCUGCUGCACUGGCGACGGGCGCCUGCAUCGUGGGCAUCCUCUGCCUGCCCCUCAUCUUGAUCCUGAUUUACAAGCAGAGGCAAGCGGUCAGCAGCAGACGUGCCCACGAGCUGGUCCGAAUGGAGAGCAGUGCCCAGGGCAUCGAGAACCCCGUCUUUGAGGCGCUCCCCGCGGGCAGCGUGGAGCCCCGGCCCCGGCCCCAGCUCUCCUACCUGGCCAGCCGGCAGCCCUCUGAAUCCGGCCGGCACCUGCUGUCUGAGCCCAACACCCCCUUGUCCCCACCGGGCCCCGGGGACUGCUUCUUCCCCACGCUGGACCCUGUUCCUGACUCGCCAAAUUCCUUGAAAGCCUAAAGAGUCUGGUGGCAAAAGCGAUGGAGGAGGCCAGCGCGCUGUGGUUGCACCAGGAGGGGCCAUGGCCAGGGCGGGCAGCAGCUCCCACCAAUCAAGGAAAAUUAAGAAAAAUAUCUAUCUAACGAACUAAAAAAGACCUCCUCACCUUCCUCUCCCUACUGCCUGGACACCAACCGCUGGUUUCCCUUCGCGCUGUGAGGAAGACCAGGUGGUGAGGACUACGAGUGAACGUUUCCCUGCCUGGCCAGCGGCAGUCCUUACGCACCGGGCAGAACUGAUGCCCACGGCAGGGGAGGGGAGGACGCCAAGAAGACUCAAACAACAGCAAAAUGCCUUAAUAAACGAAGCCAGGUGCAGGAGCCCUGCCUGUUUCUCCUGUGCUGGCUCUGCCCUGCGGAUGGAUGUGACCUCUCUUGCUUGGGUUUUGAUUUUUACUGCCUAUUUCCAUGGAGAAGAGCACGGAGAGCGCAUGGCCACACACACCCCUUUCUGCGCACGCCCUGUGCCUGGACGGACGCUAUUUACUUUUUAUUGACAAUGAGCAUUGUGGUUCUCACCUUUUGCCUAAACCCCAGAGGAUGCAUAAGAGAAAAGAUGGAAGGAAGAGCAGCUCCCGGUCCCGGUGCCCGAACAGCCGGGAGCCGCAUCCCGGCAGUGCUGGGAUGCUGGGAGGGUGCCCUCCUCCUGCAUGCCUCCCCCAGCCCUUAAUUUAUUUCCAGGGCUGCAACCUGUGCAGCACUAACCUGGCCAGCUCUCCUUGGCGACACAUCCUUUCCAGGAGCGUAUGGCAAAGUACUUUAGCCACGGCGAGACAAAACAGUGUCACCGGCCAACAUUUUGAUGGAGGGUUUCUUUGCAAAACAGGAAGGGGAACGGCUCGCUCCUGCUGGGGGAGUCCUCCUGCCCCGGCUGCCUGUGAUUCAUUACCAGUGAUGAUUAAAAAAAAAAAAAGGAUGCUUAUGUUUUUUCUUUUCUUUUUCUUUUUUAAUAUUUUUAAAUGCUGUUAAAUUGGAAAGGUCAUCUUCAUGGUGCUGGAGGUUUUUCCAGCUAUGCACGUGGCCGUGCCGGCAUUGCCCUCACUGUAGACCUGAGCAAUCCCAGGGCACCAAAACCAGCCUGCCUCAGGCAGCUCUGGCAAAUCCUGCUCCUGCCCAGCUGCACUGAUUUCAGGAGGUAUUUUUGUCCCUUGGAGCCUGUGGGCUUGCUCACCCUCACUGGGAAUGUGGCUGCUGUGGUUUAGCUCGGGCUCUCGCAGCAUCCACAGAUAAGCUGAGCGCCUCCUCUGCCCUCCUAAGGGGCGAGGAGAUAAGGCUUUGUGGUAGAAAUGGUUACUCAAAGGGUGAUGGUUUUGUUUUUUUUUUUCUUUUGCUUCUGUUUUUGUUGUAAAGAAUGGGGAAAAAAUUGCCAAUAAACACCCAUAAGCAUUA